GUCGGCUCCGAAGGCGGGGCCGCCCACCUCGACGUGCGAAAGAAACUCGCGCUGCGUCUGCGGCGUCGACAGGAAGAGUGUGACUCUAGACCGAGGUUGGCUAUAAGGUGGGCGCUUCCCGAGGGCUUCGGGAAGGCGGCUGGGUCCCCUGCGAUCCCGGAAAGGCAGUUUCUCGCCUCGGCCGCGCACCUCCUGCUCUUGCCUAGACCGAGCCGAGCGCUGGCAACAUGUCGGCCUACCCCAAAAGUUACAACCCGUUCGAUGACGACGUAGAGGAUGAGGGCGCUCCGCCGGUCGCGUGGAAGGACUCCCGCGACCUCCCCGACGGAUCCGGCGCGCCUACCGACAGACAGCAGUACCUGCGGCAGGAGGUGAUGCGCAGGGCCGAGACUAUGGCCGCCAGCACCAGCAGGUCCCUGUCCCUCAUGUAUGAGUCCGAGAAGAUCGGGGUCGCCUCUUCUGAGGAGCUCGUCCGUCAGCGAGGAGUCUUAGAACGCACAGAGAAGAUGGUGGACAAGAUGGAUCAAGAUUUGAAGACCAGCCAGAAGCACAUUAACAGCAUUAAGAGUGUGUUUGGGGGGUUCGUCAAUUACUUCAAAUCCAAACCAGCAGAGACCUCACUUGAACAGAAUGGCACCGUAACCUCCCUGCCCAACAACAGAUUAAAAGAAGCUAUAAGUACAAGUAAAGAACAAGAAGCACAGUACCAAGCCAGCCACCCAAACCUCAGGAAGCUGAAUGACUCAGGGACCAGUUCUACUGUGAGUACUGAUGCUUACCCGAAGAACCCACACCUUCGAGCCUAUUACCAGAAGGUUGACAACAAUCUAGAUGAGCUGUCCAUGGGACUGAGCCGGCUAAAGAACAUAGGCCUGGGGAUGCAGACAGAAAUUGAGGAGCAAGAUGACAUUAUUGACCGCCUCACAACCAAAGUGGACAAAUUAGAUGUCAAUAUAAAAAGCACAGAAAGAAAAGUUCGACAACUUUAAAGACAGAGAAGUUCUACUUUAUUGUGAUGAAAAGAUUCAAAAGAUCUUUUAAACUCCCAAGAAAUUUCAUUUAUUACUUUAGUAUGUGAUUUAACAUGUUUGCAAAUAUUAUAAUAGAGUGGGUCUUAAGAGAUUCUGUUGUUUUGAAGAAGUGUGCAUCCCACUUAUUCUGAGAACCAACUCUUCUCUUAGUUCUUUGAACUGAAUGCUUAGAGUUUUAGUUGGAGCACAGUAGCCUGGCCCUGAAUAUCCUGGGCUUUUGACUGUUACCAUGCUGAAAUGACAAGGAAAAGUUGUGUUUCUCACGUUAACGAGCAAAUGGAAAGAUGUGGGCAGAAUUUCAAUCCCUGUUUGCCAAUAUUUCAUUCCUAGGUCUUAUCAUCAGAGUGCUAAGGGAGGGAUAAGAGACCCUGUGAGCCAGUUAUUUGUGGGGAGGGUCCUUCCUUCCCACAUCUUGUGUAGCAGUGAUCACCCCACACACACACACACACACACACACAGAGACACUAAGCACACUAAGCAUAUUGUGAUUCAGCUUCCUUGAAAAGGAUCGUUAUAAGAUUCAGAAAUGGAGGAUGUCAGCAUUCUUUCAUGUUUUAUUGACAGAUGUCACCUCUUCCCCUCUUGACCUCCAUCCUUGGUGUGCAUUUUAGUAGAAGGGGCUCAGACAAGCCCUACUCAUUGCAGUGCCUGGAAAUACAUAGAGAAAUGGGUAAGCCCUUAUUUCCCAUACGUCUUCAUCUCUGACUCUCUGUCCAUGAGGAGGAACAGAUUCUCCACUGGCUCAUGGCUGCUUGGCUUACCAAUGGGGGACCUGUAGAGUUGGGAAUGGAGCAUCACACAGACAUGGCCAAGCAGCAGUGUUCCUGCACUGAGCCCUCCCCCCCUUUGGGGCUCUUCCUGACCUCUCCAGGGAUCCCACUCACUCUCCUUGCAUGUUUUACAAGGUGAAUUGACUCAGCACUUGGUUCUGUGCCACCCAGUUUCAGGACUGGAACUCCACAAAUGAUGCUGACUUUGUAUAGAAGGAUUUGGCUAAAAAAGAAAGACCAAACAUCAUCAUUUUAACUGGUCAAGUUUGUUCUUUCGUUUCUUAAAAAGAAUCACUUAAAAGCAUUACAAUUACAAUCGAUUUCUAUAACGAAAUGGAUUUCUUUGUGUUGGUACCGCCAACAAAAUAAUGGAAGCCACAAGACUCUUGUCUUUUUAAAAAACAAAUUAAUGAAAAUAUUUUGAAGAUGGAGAAAGGGACUGAUUUUAGUAAGACAGAUUAGGUCAAAAACUUUAAAAUACCAAUGUCUUUUACCUUGAAACAUGGCACCGAAUAUGUGACCUUCACCACUUCCAUCGUGGCCUGUAAACAAAGUCCCUUAAAGCAAAAGAAAGUUCUUUAGAGUGCUGCAGCAAUGAAUGCAUCAGAAUUUAUGUAACAAAUAGUUUUUACAAGUUCCAUCCAUGCAUGACCUUCCUAAGAAUAUUGACAACCUCCAUCAACAGAUGCUUUCUGUCAAGUUGCAGUCGCCUCAAGGAUGUGAUCCACAAUAUUAUGAAUGUCCCAGGAUGUAAGGAUGUGAUCAAAUUAGACAUUUAUUAGAUGAGCUCAUCAUGAUUAUUCUCUUGGUAACUAGUGAAAGGAAAAUUUUUACAUGUAUACCCAGCCCAAAGUAAAUGAGUUUACAGGGCUUUCAGCAAAAAGGCUGCUCAAAAAAACAUGAAGCCAGAGAACAGAGCAGCCAGUGUGUAUAUUUCAUUCAUUCUAAUGUUUCUGAUUUUUUCCUAAUACCUUUCAUGUAUGUCAUAUUAACUUUUUCCUGCUUAUCAUCAUCACACAGACUCACAGAGACUAGUCAUUAUACCUCAGACCUAAACUUUUUUUUUUCAAGUAGAUGCAGCCACCUGCCACUAAACAAUCUCUUCAGCAGCCUUCCAUUUGCAUAAUGGGAUUACUGAUUUAACUGACUUGAAGUAAAGCAGCACCUUAUUUUAUGUACCUUCCCUUGUCUUUUGUUGGAUUGAUGAAGCCAAUCACCUCCCUCCUUUUUUUUUUUUUUACCCUUAGCCUAUGGAAGGAGAGUUGCCCUCACUUUUAUAGAAAUUUGUCUUCCUCUGACACAUUAGAGGGCCUCAUAUCAUUUAUUUUGUUCUUUUUCAGAGGCCCUAAUUCUAACGUCUCAGCCAAGGUAUUAUCUCUAAGCUACAAGCUAGCCAACCACUUUCUUCUUCCCACACCCACCAGAGACCCUUAACUGGUUCUACUUUAUAAAGCAAAGUUGCUUGCAUUUUCAGAGAACAAAGACCUGAGGAGCCUCCAGAAGCUUUGCACAUGAUGGCGAUGAUCAAAAAGAAAACAUUCUAUCCUCUAAACUAGAUACCUCUCAUGGGGACACUCAGAGGUGCCUGGGCUGGGUUUGACUGUGGAAUGGGCUUGGUAAGACAUAAAAGAUGAAUUCGACCUUUGCCAGAAGGGGCCCAUAAGACAGAUUUUUAUUUCCACAGUUGAGCUGGAAACAAACUGUGCCUUCAAAAAAGUGGCUUUUCUAACUUUAGGCUGGUUAUAUGUUAAAUGUUCCGCUAACUAAAAAUAAGUGCAUUCUCCUCCAGAGGAAACUGGAAACUAUUUCUAACAUCUAGCGAUUUGUAACUUAGCAGUGGGAUUGCCUCGUGGAUUUUUUUUUUUUUUUUUUUUUUUUUUUACAUUCUGUAGGAAAGGAAACCUGAAUUUAACUCAGGUGGUGAGAAAACAACAUAAGUGCAUUUUAAUUUCUCUAACUCUUUGUGAAUAUGUAAUUUUAAGUGUACACUACACCAAUUUAGUAAAAAUCUUAUACUUUGCCUGGAUAGGUCUUUUCUGCAAAAUUUUAAAGUUAAUGUUGUUGAGCAUCGUCAGCUGUGAUGGGUAAAAGAUCUUAUGUACAGAAUGAUGAUCUAGUCAUUAAAAGUGCUCAUGAGAGGA